CCCAAAAAUCCCUAACUUCUUCCCCUACGUUCUCUCAUUUUCUCAGUGAAAGUUUCCAAUUUCGUCUCGCUUCUCUCCUGAAACUUCGGUAACUAUCAGAGAUUCGAUCCGACUGCGAGAAUCAGAUUUUUUCAAAUUCGUCUCCAUUUCGGUUCGAUCGAAUUCAUGGGUACUUCUCAGAGUCGGGAAGAUCGGAUCUCUGAAUCGGAUACGGAUUCCGAUUCCGAGUACUAUGAAGAAGAAGAAGAUGAGGAUCAGUACGAUGACGCCAAGAAGAAGCAAGGAUCAUCUUCUGUUUCUGGUCCUUCUUCUUCCGGACCAUCUGAUUCGUCGUCACUCGAUAUUGAGCAGAAGCUGAAAGCCUUAAAGCUGAAAUACCCAUCUUCUUCUUCUUCUUCCGUAACGCCUAAGAUGAAGAACGCUGUUAAGCUUUACCGCCAUAUCGGUGGGAACACACCCAAAGCGAAAUGGAUCAUUACUGAUAAAAUGACAUCUUACAAGUUCGUUAAGACUUCGACUCCGGACGGAGAGGAUAUCGAUGAUUACGAUGAUUGUGAAGAAUCGGGUGAAGGAGGUGAGUCCUUUUGGUUUCUGGGUGUUGGUUCUAAGGUGAAAGCUAGGGUUUCUACGGAUAUGCAGUUGAAAAUGUUUGGGGAUCAACGUAGGGUUGAUUUUGUGAGUAAUGGUGUUUGGGCUUUGAAGUUCUUAACGGAUGAGGAUUAUAGGAAGUUUGUUACUAGGUUCCAAGACUAUCUGUUUGAGAAUGUGUAUAAGAUCAAGGCAAGUGAGGAGAGCAGGAUUAAAGUGUAUGGGAAAGAUUUCAUUGGUUGGGCCAAUCCUGAGGCUGCUGAUGAUUCUAUGUGGGAGGAUGCUGAAGCUCCACCUGACGAAGAGGAAUCUGAGGCGAAGCAAAAUAGGGAUUUGACUGAAGAAUUCGAAGAGGUGGCUAAUGGUGGAGUGCAGAGUUUGACUUUGGGAGCGUUGGAUAAUUCCUUCUUGGUGAAUGAUUAUGGGGUUCAGGUUUAUAGGAAUAUGGAGCGCGGGAUUCAUGGGAAAGGUGUGUGCGUUAAAUUUGAUGCUGGAAACUCCAAGUUUGGAUCGGGUUCAAGCCAGACAACACCAAACAAGGCUCUUUUGAUGAGGGCAGAGACUAAUAUGAUGCUGAUGAGUCCUGCUAAACAAGGGAAACCAAACACGACUGGUGUUAAGCAGCUUGACAUAGAAUCUGGGAAGAUUGUGUCAGAAUGGAAAUUCGAGAAAGAUGGGACUGAAAUUACGAUGAGAGACAUAACAAAUGAUACCAAAGGGUCGCAGCUGGAUCCAUCAGAGUCUACCUUCUUGGGAUUGGAUGACAAUAGGCUGUGUCAGUGGGACAUGAGGGACAAGAGAGGCAUAGUGCAGAACAUCGAAUCUCCCAUCUUGGAAUGGACACAAGGCCAUCAGUUUUCUAGAGGAACAAAUUUCCAGUGCUUUGCAACUACUGGGGAUGGGUCAAUCGUUGUGGGAUCGCUUGAUGGAAAGAUAAGGCUGUACUCAAAGACCUCAAUGAGGAUGGCAAAAACGGCUUUUCCAGGACUUGGUUCACCAAUUACACAUGUUGACGUUUCUUAUGAUGGGAAAUGGAUACUGGGCACCACAGAUACAUACUUGGUUCUUAUAUGCACCCUUUUCACAGACAAAGAUGGUCGGACCAAAACAGGUUUCAGCGGAAGAAUGGGAAACAAAAUACCAGCGCCAAGGCUUCUGAAGCUAACACCAUUAGAUUCACACUUGGCAGGAAAAGAUAAUAAGUUUCACGGCGGUCACUUCUCAUGGGUAACGGAGAGCGGGAAGCAAGAGAGGCACAUAGUAGCAACGGUAGGGAAAUUCAGUGUGAUAUGGGACUUGGAGCGGGUGAAGAAUAGCGCACACGAGUGCUAUAGGAACCAACAAGGACUCAAGAGCUGUUACUGCUACAAGAUCUUGUUGAAGGAUGAGUCCAUUGUUGAGAGCCGAUUCAUGCACGAUAACUUCUCCUUCUCUGGUAACAAAUCGCCAGAAGCACCGCUUGUGGUUGCCACUCCUUUGAAAGUCAGCUCCAUCAGCCUUUCUGGAAAACGACUUUAAAAACAGUUUGUAUCUAAAAAGCAUUCCUUUAGUUUUGUAUUAAAAUUUGAAAUUUGAUUGUAGUGUUUGGCUUGCUGUUGUCGCGUGAAGGUUUGUAAUGAAUGACAAUUUGGCUUUUACUCAAAGAUGAAUGACAAUUUGGCUUUUAACUCAAA